AUGGCAACGAGCAGUCUUGGGCCCGUAUAUAUGUGUUGUGUCAAGGGUGCUCGCUGUAGUCGCCGGCAAUGCUUCAUCCGUGGUGACCACCUCUGUCGUGAAAUGUGUUCGGCAAAAAAUACCAGAAUGGAAAGUCCGAGCGAGAACAAGAAACAGGACGGCGGGGACGGGAAGACUCCCUUGACUUUACGACAGGUGGUAUGUUUGGCUGUGGUGGGCGGCACGAAUUUCCUAAACGGAAUGAUGUGUGGCUGGACUGCAGUCCUUCCAAAGCUACAGGAGGACACCAGGUUCACGGUGACUGAGGACGACGUCUCUUGGCUUGUAUCCCUGACGUAUAUCAUGGGCUUCGUGAUCUCCCCUCUGGCGGGCUCCGUAGCGGAACACGUGGGUCCGCGGCGUCUGCUGGUCAUCACGAUGUUCCCUGUGGCCGGGUUCUGGCUCCUGCAGGCUUUCAGCCCCUACCUGUGGCUCCUGUACCUCGGCAGAGCUUUCCUGGCGUCAAUUACCGCGGUGAUGUACACGGUGGUGCAGCCCUUGGUAGCGGAGUUGUGUCCCCCAAGGAUCAGGGGUCUAGCGUCGGUCCUGCCAGAGCUGUUCGCCUGCGUUGGAUUGCUGGCGUCCUACCUGCUGGCUUCUCUGCUGCCCUGGGACAUGGCUACUGCUGUUUCCGCUGCUCCCUUCUUGCCCUUAUCUCUGAUGAUAUUGCUUGUACCAGAGUCUCCUUAUUGGCUGGUAAGAAAGAAAAAAGUCGACGCAGCCGAGAGAUCCUUGAGACUUCUUCUGGGUCGUGACGGCAAUGUGGCUGGGGAACUGGAGGCAAUUAGGAGCACGACGACCCUCAGACAAAGCGAAGUCAAGGACCAGGCGAGGGAGCUUCGCAAGGCACACAACGCCAUCCCGGUGGUGUUGAUGCUGAGUGUGUUCGUCCUGAGAGAACUCGGGGGCAAAGGGCCGGUGUUCAACUACACCGUGUACAUGUUCCGUCGCGCGGGAGUACAAUUUGACGCUUUCUACUGCACAGUGAUCGUCGGUGUUGCUCGCCUUGCAAGCACCUGCGUGUCUGCUUGCACUUUGGAUCUGGUGGGUCGCAAGCCCCUCCUUGUGGCCACAGCAGUGAUCUGCGCAGUGUCGGAGGGCGUCGCCGGAGCCUUCCUCUUCCUGGAGGUGGAGGGGGCCGCGUGGGUCCCCCUGGCGUCCGUGAUAGUGUUCGUGAUCAGUUACGGGAUCGGUGUGGGACCCAUUCCUUGGGCCUACCUUGGCGAGCUCCUGCCAACGCCCGUCAGGUCCCUGGGGGCUGCUGCGAUCACUUUUGGGUAUUCAGUAACUUACUUUGCCGUAAACUUCGUGUUUUUGAAAGUGAUAUCGUCUCUUGGUCUCGGCUUGACUCUGAUUGUGUUUGGAACGUCGAAUUUGAUCAUCGGCUUGUUGGUCCUGUUCUUCGUGCCCGAGACAAAAGGCCGGACACUGCAAGACCUGGAAAAGGCAUUUCAAUCCAAAAAAGUCGUGCAAGUGCAAAGUAGCCCAUUGGAUCGGGACAAAGCUUCGCCUGAGUCAGGUCUCCCGAGCAAAUCAAGAGAAAAAGGAGACACUCCCACCCGCUCUGGUCGCCCAAACGAAGCAUCCGCGGCAUCUAGUGCCACAGGAAGAAAAAAAGAUGAAGACAAAUCCAAGAUGGCCUCGUUGCCAGCCGCUUGAGAAUUCCCAAACUUAAAAUUUAGGCAACAUGCGUCAGAGCAACCUUUAUUUUCUUUUUCUUUUUUCUUGUUCUGCAAGUUAGCCGGAGAGUAUUUUGCGAAGGAUUCAAAUGCCGUCAACGAUCCGAGAUUUAAAGGCAUAAGAUGUGCGGUUUUGAUGACAGUUUCCUUGUGCAGCAUUACAGUUUUUGUAAAUGAAAAAUAAAAGCAAUGUAUGAUGAAAAGGGACUGUUGUAUGCAUAUUAUAUAUUUACAUACCUGUUUGUUAGUGUUAUCUCUCUCUCUCUCCUUCUCUCUCU